AAAAAACAGAUAUAAAAGGAAACAAAGCAGAAAAUUGGAUCAAAUUAUUAAUUGGAAGGAGUCUCGUCACUCGUCAGUCUCUUAGAAAACUGAGUAUCAUAUUGAUUUCAGUGGAGAUUGAGCUUGAGAUGGAUGGGGCUUUGGGUAAGCUAGUGGAACCGAGUGCACACCACUUGUAUGAUGAAUUGUCUCUAGGUACUACUUCUUUCUUCAAACACAACCAUAAUCAAAAUCAAAACACCGCCGCUCCUCUAUCUAUUCCGGUCAAUUUCUCGGAGGAAAUGGAAGAUCGAUUGAUUGAGCUUGAAGCACUUUAAAACGCCAUGGAAGAAGGAAUAGGUGAAAGCAGCUUCGUGGGUUCAUACUUUGAUACAAUUAUAUAAAACGAAGACCCUCUCUCUCACAUUCUCUCUAUUCUCUUGGCUGAUUAACGAUGGGAGGUCGUUUCUCUGUUUCAGUGUCAUCUGAUCAAGCGUUGAGAAAUGUCUCUCAAUUUUUAUGCUUCCAUGCGAGUUACAUUCACAGUCUUGAGGAGAAUCUCGAGGCUAUACAGAAAGACAUGGAAGAGCUCAAGGCAAGACAAACUGACGUGUGGAGAAGGGUCGAGAGAGAGGAGGAUACUAGAGGUCAUCACCGGCUUGAAGAAGUCAAGGUAUGGCUUAAAAGUGUUGAUAGCAUCAGUAGGCAAGUCUGUUAUCUGCUUAGUAAUAGAACUGCUGAACUUGAAAGGUUGUCUCUUAGUGGGUUAUGUUCCAAGAACUUAAGAUCGAGUUAUAGUUAUGGAGAUAGGGUGUCGCUGAUGUUGAAAAAGGUUAAUGAUCUCAAAUCUAAAGGCGUGUUUCGAGUUGUGGCUGAGCCAGCUACAACGGCUACGAAGGAGGAGAGGCCUUCCUGUUCCAGGCUGACUAUUGUCGGUCGGGAAAAAAUUCUCAAGAGGGUUUUAAACACCCUCGUGGGUGGUGGACCCGGGAUUAUGGGUCUGUACGGCGUUGGUGGCGUAGGCAAAUCAACUAUUCUCCGAGAGAUCACGAACAAGAUCAGUGGCAGAUUUGACUUUGUGGUUCGGGUUGUUGUGUCUAAACAUCUGUGUGUCGAGAAGAUUCAAGAAGAGAUCGGUAAGAAACUUGGCUUUCAUGGGACAGAGUGGAACCAAAAAGAGGAAAGCCAGAAGGCCAAUGAUAUACACAGCUUCACGAAGAGAAAGAGAUUUGUGUUGUUAUUGGAUGAUGUAUGGAGCACAGUAGAUUUAACAAAGAUCGGAGUCCCAUUUCCUACAAGGGAAAACAAAUGCAAAAUAGCAUUCACCACUCGCUCUCGAGAGGUGUGUGUGCAUAUGGGUGUUGAUGACCCCAUUGAAGUCCGGUGCUUGUCUGAGAAUGAUGCUUGGGAGUUGUUUCAGAUGAAAGUUGGAGAUAACACGAUAGGAAGCUGCUCGGAGAUUCCAGAGCUCGCGAGAAAAGUUGCUGAAAUAUGUCAUGGUGUACCACUGGCGCUUAAUGUUCUUGGCAAGACCAUGUCCUCCAAAACUACAGUGAAAGAAUGGAAUGAUGCAAUAGACGUUUUGACUUCAUAUUCUGCAGAGUUUGUAGGAAUGGAAGAUGAGAUUCUGCCGUUGCUGAAGUAUAGCUAUGACAAUCUGAUGGGGGAAACGUUAAGGUCCUGUUUUCAAUAUUGCGCUCUGUUUCCUCCAGCUUUUACACUGAGUAAAGAUGAUUUGGUAGAAUGGUGGGAAGGCGAGGGAUUCAUUGGUGGAUACAACCAAGGUCGUGAAGUAAUUAAUAAGCUUGUCCGCGCUAGUUUAUUGAUGGAAGAUGAUGAGAAUGACAAAUUUGUGAAAAUGCACGAUGUGGUUCGUGAUAUGGCUUUGUGGGUAGAAUCUGAUUUUGGGAAGGAGAAAGAAAGAUGUAUCGUGCAAGCUGGUGUUGGUCUACGUGAAGUACUAACGGUCAAGGAUUGGAGUAGUGUGAGAAGAAUGUCAUUGAUGAAUAAUGAGAUUGAAGAUAUAUCCAUCAGUCACGAGUGUCCUCAUCUUACAACUCUCUUGCUCCAACAAAACCGCAACUUGGUGCAUAUCUCUGGUGAAUUCUUCAGGGAUAUGCCAAAGCUAGCUGUUUUGGAUAUGUCGUUUAAUCAGCUCACGGAAUUGCCAAAGCAGAUAUCAAAUUUGUUCUCGCUGCAAUAUCUCAACUUGUCACGGACUAAUAUAGAGCGAUUGCCUGAUGGUCUAGGAAGGUUGAAACGUCUGAAACAUCUCAAUCUGGAGAUGACAGAGAGACUUAAGAGCAUUGAUGGGAUAUCAGAUGUAUCAAAUUUGGUGGUACUGCGACUACUGCAUUCAAAGUUUUCGCUCGACGUUAGUACAACAGAGGAGCUACAACGCUUGGAAAAACUGGGGAGCUUAACCAUAGACAUCUCCUCGAGUUCAGCUUUGGAGGAACUGUUCAGCGCUAAUGAGAUGGCAGGUUGUAUCAAAGAGAUAUGUAUCAGAGAUGUUAACGAAGAAGCAUACAAAACACUUGUUUUGCCAACGAUGGAGCGUCUCAGUAAGCUCAUCAUAAGGAGCUGUGAAAUAUGGGAGAUUGAGAUCGGAAUGACGUCGUGGGACAUAAUUCUGACAAGGUCAAGACUGAAAAACCUCUCAAGUGUGAUUAUAACUUCCUGCAACAGUCUCAAGGAUUUGACGUGGUUGUUGCUCGUUCCUAACCUCACUCAUCUGAAGCUUCAGUCUUUAGAGAAGGUACAAGACAUCAUAAGCGAGGAGAAAGCUGCAAGUAGCCCCACAGAUGAGCAGAAAGCGCGAGGUAUGAAUACUCCUUUUCUAAAACUUGAAAGGCUUGAAUUGAUGGAUCUACCGAUGCUGAAGAGAAUCUACUGGAGUCCUCUGCUCUUCCCUUGUUUAAAGAAGAUUGAAGUAGAAAAGUGUCCGAAACUGAGAAAGCUUCCACUCAAUUCUGAAAGCUGCGUUGGUGGUGAAGAACUUGUUAUAAGCUACAGAGAUGAUAAAUGGUUUAAAAGGGUUCGAUGGGAAGAUAAAGCCACUAAAGACCGUUUCUUACCUUGCUGUGAGAAGGAGGCUUGCCCGUUUGGGAUCCGGCUCGAGAAAGGUGAAGAUCAAACCUCGUAUCGCAGUACGAUGAAUGAUGUUGUCUCAAAAUCAACCGAAUUCGUGGUUAACCUAGUCUGUAGCUGCUUUUGUGCCGAAGUCCACAAUUUUUGUAGACUCGACAAGAAUCUAGAGGCUCUGGGAGAAGGCAUGGAAAGACUGAAGGCAAGGCGAGAUGAUGUGCUGAAAAGGGUGGAGAGGGACGAGGACACAGGUCUACAAAGGCUUAAGGUAGUUGAUGUAUGGCUUAGGGCUGUCGAGACCAUUGAAAAGCAGGCCGAUGAAACGCGUACGGCUUGUACACGUCAAGGGAUGUCUCUUUGUGACGCUUGCUCAAGAAAUUUAGGAUCAAGGUUUCGUUACGGGAGAGAAGUUUUCUCGAUGUUGGAAGAUGUUAGAGAGCUCACAGUUCGCAAAUUAACUGAGGAUUUCAAUGCGGUGGCUUUGCCACCUACGAGAGAUGUGGUGGAGGAAAGGGAUCUACAACGAAUCAUUGUUGGUCAGGAAACAAUGCUCGAGAGUGCAUGGAACCGCGUCAGGGAUGAAGGAACCCAGGUGAUGGGUCUACAGGGCAUGGGCGGAGUAGGGAAAACAACUCUUCUUGACCAAAUCAACAAUAAGUUUUGUGGCGAAAAUGAUGGGGUUGACAAAGUGAUUUGGGUUGUGGUGUCCAAGGAUAAACGGAACGAGAAGAUUCUAGAUGAGAUCGCUGAGAAACUAGACUUCGUUACUGGAGCUCUUGUAUACGCACUUCCAUGAAGAAGAAGCGGUUCGUGUUGUUACUGGAUGACAUCUGGAGCAAAGUGGAAUUAAAAGAUAUCGGAGUUCCAGUUCCGACAAGGGAAAACAAAUGCAAAAUUGUAUUCACCACUCGUUCAAGGGAAGUGUGUGAACGCAUGGGGGUUACUGACCCAAUCGAAGUCACUUGUCUGGACACGGAACAAUCCUGGGAGUUGUUCAGAGAGAGAGUCGGGGAAAACACGCUGGGAAGCCACCCAGACAUUCCCAAACUGGCAAGAAAAGUCGCUGGAAAAUGCCGUGGCCUACCAUUGGCGCUGAAUGUUCUUGGUGAGACAAUGUCAUUCCAGAAAACAAUACAAGAAUGGCGUCACGCGGUUAACGCUUUGGCUUCAUCAAAAUUUUCUGGAAUGGAUGAGGAGAUUCUUUCAAUUUUGAAGUAUAGCUACGACAGUCUCAAGGAGAAGCAUGUGAAGCCGUGUUUCCUCUAUUGCUCUCUAUUUCCCGAAGAUUUUGAAAUCAGUAAAGACAGGUUGAUUGAAUAUUGGAUCUGUGAGGGUUUCCUACAAGAAAAGCAGAGUAGAGACAAGGCAUUCGACGAAGGUUAUGCUAUCCUCAAGACUCUUGUCCGUGUAAGUUUACUGUUGGAAGUAUCAAUAUAUAAAGUGAGAAUGCAUGAUGUUGUUCGUGAGAUGGCUCUGUGGGUAGCAUCUGAGCUCGGGGAGCAUGAAGGGAGAUAUACCGUGCAAGCCGGCGUUGGGUUACGUGAAAUACCGGAAGUGGAUAACUGGGGACUCGUGAGAAAGAUGUCGUUGAUGAACAAUGAGAUCGAAAAGAUAUCUGAAAGUCCGGACUGCCCUGAACUUACAACUCUGCUCCUCCGAGAAAACAAGCUGGUAAACAUCUCAAGCGAAUUCUUUCAGCGUAUGCCUAGGCUACUCGUCUUGGAUCUAUCGCAGAAUAGCUGGUUCAAUGGAUUGCCAGAGAAAAUAUCAGAGUUGGUCGCUUUGAGAUAUCUUGACUUGUCAGGCACACAUAUAGAGCGACUGCCUGUUGGUUUAGAGGCGUCCAAGAUGCUGAUAUAUCUGAAUUUGGAAAACACGUGGAGACUUGAUAAUAUUUCGGGGAUAUCAAAGUUUUUGAGGUUGAGGAGACUGGGACUAUGGAAUUCCAAAACGAAGCUAGACACGAGCUUAUUAAAAGAGUUGCAGCUUCUUAGACAUCUACAAGUUGUUACCAUAGGUAUAAGGUCAAGUUUGGUUGCGGAGCAAUUGACUUCCUAUCACAGCGUGGUGAAAUGUAUCCAGAAGGUAGAUUAUAAGGAGCUUCAGGAAGAAUCAUUCAAAAUAUUGACUUUGCCGACUAUGGUUAAUCUUUGUGACCUCGAGAUAGAAAAGUGUGGAAUGGGGGAGAUAAAGACAGAGGGGGAAACAUCAUCAUGGAACAAAAGUCCCACGAGUCCAUCCUUCCUCAACCUUUCAACUGUGUUUAUAAACUAUUGCAAAAGUCUGAAGGAUUUGACGUGGCUGUUGUUCGCUCCGAACCUCACUAUUCUUAACGUUGGUCACUCAACGCAACUAGAGUAUAUAAUAAGCGAAGAGAAAGCUGUAAGUGGUGUCACAGGUACCAUCAUUCCUUUUGGAAAGUUAGAACACUUCAGCUUCUAUAAUUUACCAAUGUUGAAGAGCAUCUAUUGGAGUUCUCUUCCAUUUCCAUGUUUGAGAGGAAUCAGGGUAGCAGGGUGUACAAACCUGAGAAAGCUUCCAUUGGAUUCUAAAAGUGUUAGCAAGGUUGAUGGAUUUGUUAUCCAGUGCAUAGAGAGACAUUGGACCAAAAGUAUUGAAUGGGAGGACGAAGCCACCAAACUCCGUUUCCAAGGUGCCUGCAACGCCUAUUAGCUCCCUCCCCAAUGACCUGACACAAUUUUUUUUCAAAAUCUCUCUCUCUUCUUUCAAAUAAUUGUGUGACUAGUUGAAUUUGUUUUUAAUGUAUUUGUGAUAUAUUCAUGUGUGUCGGUUAUUAAUUUGUGAGAGUUCUCUAACUCCACAAAAGAUGGGGGUUUGUAAUAAAAUGUAGACAUGUGGGGCUAAAUUGUAAACAAAAGAUUGGGCUCAUUUCAGGAAUUGUUGCGACUUGUUGGCUGUGUUAAAGCUGAGACUUGAAACUUGAGUGAGCGAUGCAAAACUCCUCCC